GUCCGGAAGUUCGGCACCAAACUGCUGCAGCUGCUGGCCGAGUGGACGGAGACCUUCCCGCGGGACUUCCAGGAGGAGUCGGCCAUCGGGCACCUGAAGGACGUGGCGGGCCGCAUCGCCCCCUGCGACGAGGCAUACCGGAAGCGGAUGCAGCAGCUCCUGCAGGCUCUGCACCAGAGGCUGGCGGCCCUGGGCCAGGGGCCGGAAGGUCUGGUGGGCGCCAACAAGCCCAUCUCCUACAGGACCAAGCCGCCAGCCGCCAUCCACCGGGAGCUCCUCGGUGUCUGUAGUGACCCCUACACGCUGGCGCAGCAGCUGACGCACGUGGAGCUGGAGCGGCUGCGGCACGUCGGGCCUGAGGAGUUCGUCCAGGCUUUCGGGAACAAGGAUCGGCUGGCCGGCUCGAAGCCAUGUUUCGGUGACAAGACUAACAGCCUGGAGGCUUACGUGCAGUGGUUUAACAGACUGUGUUACCUCGUGGCAACUGAGAUCUGCAUGCCAGCCAAGAAGAAGCAGAGGGCCCAGGUGAUCGAGUUCUUCAUCGACGUGGCCCGAGAGUGCUUCAACAUCGGCAACUUCAACUCUCUGAUGGCCAUCAUCUCCGGCAUGAACACGAGCCCUGUCUCCAGGCUGAGGAAGACCUGGGCCAAAGUGAAGACGGCCAAGUUUUUCAUCCUCGAGCACCAGAUGGACCCAACGGGGAACUUCUGCAACUACAGGACGGCCCUGCGAAGGGCAGCCCACCGCUCCCUGACCGCCCACAGCAGCAGGGAGAAGGUCGUCAUUCCCUUCUUCAGCUUGCUCAUCAAAGACGUCUACUUCCUCCACGAGGGCUGCACCAGCCGGCUCCCCAACGGACACGUCAACUUCGAGAAAUUUCUGGAGCUGGCCAAGCAGGUUGGAGAGUUUAUCACAUGGAAACAAGUGGAGUGUCCCUUCGAGCAAGACCCCAGCAUCACCCACUACCUGUACACCGCCCCCGUCUUCAGCGAGGACGGUCUUUAUCUGGCUUCUUACGAAAGCGAGAGCCCAGAGAACCAAACAGAAAAGGAGAGGUGGAAAUCUCUAAGAUCGUCUGUUCUGGGGAAGACCUGA